AGGAACCCAAAUGACGGAACACCCAGCUGCUAUACAUAUAGUUUUUUGAGGAAUUACACACGGUCUGAUUUGUAUGACUGUAUGUGUCCGCCAGGCUAUGAAGGAAAUCCCUACCUUCUCUUACCUUGUGGAGAUAUUGAUGAAUGCAAGGAUGGUAAUCCGUGCCAGGGUGAUGAUCUUAAUACAACUACUACAUGGAACAUUAGUAAUGCCAAAUGUCAGAACACUGACGGGGGUCAUAUAUGCUACUCAAAUAGAACAGGGGAAACCUGCGAAUUGUUUGCCUCUGACAGAGUUGCUAAGUGCUACCAUCAAAGUAGGCCUCACUCUCAGCUCAAGCCUAUUCUCUCAGGUCUCGGUGCUGGUAUUGGACUGUUGUCAUUGCUUAGUGGUGCAUGGUGGGUAUACAAGUUUGUAAAGAAAUGGAAGAAGAUUAAACGUAAGGAGAUGUUUUACAAACGAAAUGGUGGUCUAUUGCUAGAACAACAAUUAUCGUCAGGUGAUAUUAACGUUGAGAGAAUCAAAUUGUUCAAAUGCAAGGAGUUACAGAGGUCUACAAACAAUUUCAAUGCUGAUAGAAUUAUUGGUCAAGGGGGGCAAGGUACUGUUUAUAAAGGCAUGUUGAUGGAUGGAAGAAUUGUGGCUGUUAAAAAGUCAAAAAUUGUAGACGAGGCAAAGCUUUCAGAAUUCAUCAAUGAGGUUGUCAUUCUUUCUCAAAUCAACCACAGGAAUAUCGUUCAACUAUUGGGUUGUUGUCUAGAGACGGAAGUUCCUCUUUUGGUAUAUGAGUUUAUACCUAACGGAAACUUAUCUCAGUACAUCCAUGACCAGACCGAAGACUUUCCACUUACAUGGGAGAUUCGUUUACGAAUUGCUACAGAAAUUGCAGGAGCUCUUUCCUACUUACAUGCUUCAGCUUCGUUUCCCAUUUAUCACAGGGACAUCAAGUCUACAAACAUACUCUUGGAUGAUAAAUAUAGAGCAAAAAUUGCUGACUUUGGAACUUCAAGAUUAGUUACCAUUGACCAAACGCACUUGACCACAAACGUACAUGGCACAUUUGGUUAUUUGGAUCCUGAAUACUACCAAUCGAGUCAAUUUACUGAGAAAAGUGACGUCUACAGCUUUGGAGUGGUGCUUGUUGAGCUCUUGACAGGAAAAAAACCAGUAACAAGGUCAGCCGAAGGCGAAACAUACAAGAGUCUUGCCACAUAUUUUAUUGUUUCGUUGCAGGAAGAUUCUCUAUUUGACAUUCUUGAUGCUCGAGUAGUGAAUGAAGGCUCUAAACAUGGUAUUAUGGUAGUCGCUAAUCUUGCAAAGCGAUGUUUAAAUUUGAAUGGAAGAAAGCGCCCUACGAUGAGAGAGAUCACAGCAGAGUUGGAGACCAUCCAAUUAUCGGAGAAACUUGCCGACGCUCGUCAACCAAGUUGUGAAAGGAUUGAAUCUGGCCAAGAUUAUCGAAUCGAGCAGUGGGAUGACGUUGUUUCUAGCUCCACAAUGUCAACUUGGGAAGGUGCUCCGACUCCAUCAUCAGUUGAACUGCUUCCACUAGUUUCUAUGAAGACAUGUUGAAUAAUAUAUUUCUAGCUGGUACUGUAAAAUAUGUUCAAUUUGCUACUUUUGACAAUUUUAUGUUACAUUUUAUGCUACAUAUACUAUGUUAUAAGUGAUCGAUCAAUCCUCCUUGUGUAGUUA